AUGGAUCAGGCGCUUCCCCCCCCCUUCUUCCCCUCCCUCAACACCACAGACAUCCUCAAGUCCCCCCUGAUUAUCUUCGUGGUGGGUGGCCCAGGCUGUGGGAAAGGAACCCAGUGCAAGAACAUGGCCAUCAAAUAUGGCUUCAGCCAUGUGGGACUGGGCCAGCUUCUGAGGCAGGAAGCCCAAAAAAGCACCCAACAGGGCCGGCAGAUCCGUGACAUCAUGAUGAAGGGGCUUCUGGUGCCCACGGGUUUCAUCCUAGAUAUGGUCAGCGAUAACAUGCUGUCCCAGCCGCAGAGCCGGGGCUUCCUCAUUGAUGGCUUUCCCCGGGAGUUGAUGCAGGCUAAGGAGUUUGAGCGCAUUGUGGGCCGGGCCCCAGACAUGGUCAUCAUGUUUGACUGCUCUAUGGAGACCAUGGUGCAGCGGACAUUGCUCCAGAGCCAGGUGGAGCAGCGGGUAGACAACUCAGAGCUGGCCAUCCGCAAGCGCCUGGAGACACACUACACCCUAUGCCAGCCUGUCCUCACCUUCUACCAGCAGAAAAACCUGCUGCGAAAUAUCUUGGCAGAAGAGGCUCCAGAGAACAUUUUUGCCAAGUGCUGUUUGGUCAUUGACAGUUUGCAGUGA